AUGGGGAAAUUUCAGAAAACAAUUACUAGCCAUCAUUCUAGGAGUCAUAGAUUGGUGCGUUCUCCAUGGGCCCUAACGGCGAUAAGUUUUGCAAUAAUCUGGUUCUUCCAUGAUGCUUUCAGCUCAUUUUAUCCAAUCAGCUUGCGGCUUGGCAAUGACUCUAGUGCCAUGAGAUCAAAAGGAUUGGAAGCAAAGACUAUAGUAACUGUACUUGACUUCAAUAACAGGACAGUCUUAUCAAUUGGCGCAUCUAACAAGCACAUUCAGUUGAAUCAAAUAACGCCUAGUACGAUUUCCAGGGCGGAUUUUUCGAAGUGGAUCGAAGAACAAAAGGAGAUCAGUUUGGAAAAUAUGUUGACGAAUAUUGGUGAUUCUAGAUUGAAUAACGGAUUAGUUUCUACUGAAGGUGUUGCAGAAGGUGUUGUGGUUGCAUCUACUUCCAAAGAGCAUCCAGAUUAUUUUUACCAGUGGACUAGAGAUGGUGCUAUCACCGUUAACACUGUUGUGAAUAUAUUAGUAGACACACCACGUGUCAACAUUACCCUUGUAGGUACAGUUUUAAAGUAUAUCAACAACACGUAUGUGUUGCAGAGGGUCCAAAAUCCUAGCGGUUCCUUUGAAGAUGAUCUAUCUGGCCUAGGGGAACCCAAGUUUAUGGUGGAUAAUUCUCAAUUUACUGGGAGUUGGGGUAGACCUCAGAAUGAUGGUCCUGCUUUGAGAGUAAUAACUAUCAUGAAUUUCUUGAACUACUUAAAAGGGAAUAAUUUAACUUUGGAAGAUGCUGCAACAAUGUACAGAUCUUAUUAUGGCACAGAUUCACUACCGUUGACAUUCCAAAACGAACAGGAGUUAUUUAGUAAAGUGAUAUACUAUGAUUUGGUAUACAUUAUGGAAAAUUGGUUUAAGGAGAGUUUCGAUUUAUGGGAAGAAGUAAUUGGUAUACAUUUUUUCACCACUCUAUGCCAAUUAAAGGCUUUAAAAUUAAGUUUUUUGCAUAUUUCAAAUGGGGUCUUUAAAGCAGAUGUUUUAUUUCUUGAGCGAUUACAGUCAAUUAUAGAUGCUGUUACAACGUUUAUGAUAAAGGACAGCGGAUUUCUAAACCAUAAUUUGAACUUUAUUGUCGAAACCCCUAGCAUUUUGGGCCAGCGUUCUGGUCUAAACAUUGGUUCAUUGAUUGGAAGUAUCUUAACGCACGAUGAGCUUGACUUUGAACCAUCAUCAAUCGGUGCUGUACCAUUUAAUAUUGAUCACCCGGCUAUCCUUAAUGUAUUGUACGAGAUGGUAAAGAGAAUGAGUAUUUUGUACCCUAUCAACCACGGAAGGGCUAAUCUCAACAUGGGCGUCGGUUUAGGGAGAUAUCCAGAGGAUAUCUAUAAUGGAAUAGGCGUUUCUGAGGCCAACCCAUGGUUUUUAGCUACCUCCACGGCUGCAGAAAUGAUGUACAAAUUUGUGUAUCAACACUAUAAAUCAUCAAAAGAUUUGGUAAUUGAAUUGGACAACGAUAAUUGGAACUGUGCAUUUUGGAGUCUGAUAUUCAAUGGUUUAAGUUCUAUUAGUAAAACUGAAGCUCGGUUAAUUAUUCCAUUUAAUAGCCCUGCAUACCAUCAAACAAUGCAUUCUAUUGUCAGUUAUGGAGACUCCUUUUUGGAUGAAGUGAGACUACAUGUUAGCGAAGAAGGUGAAAUGAGCGAACAAUUCAACAAAUAUACCGGAUUUUUACAAGGCGCUAGACAUUUAACUUGGUCGUAUGGCGCCUUUUUAAGUAGCAUUCGCUGGAGAGAUAAAGUACAAAACUACUGUUGA